AUGGCUCAAAACUCAACUUCCGAUACUCGCUUUCACGCUAACGCUGCAACUCCAUUGCAGAUCUCCAAAGAUGUCCAAGGCUCCGAAAAUCCUAUCCCACUUUCACCACAAUGGCUUCUGCCAAAGCCAGGGGAGAGUAAAUCUGGAAUAGGACCUAUGGAAAAUCAUGCGAUCUCAAACUCAUCACAUGGCAGCCGCUCAGAGACUGUUAAGACAUCUGGUGAUGGAGAAGAUGCACAGAAGAGAAAGGAUGUCUUUAGGCCAUCCAUGUUUGACUCAGAAAGUGGACGUCGUGAUCGUUGGCGUGAUGAAGAGAGAGACACUGAGAGAGACACGAAGUCCUCCAUCCGUAAGGAUCGUUGGAGGGAUGGGGACAAAGACCUAGGUGAUUCACGAAAGGUGGAUCGAUGGGGAGAAAAUCCAGCUCCUAAGAAUUUUGGAGAAACACGUCGUGUUCCAUCUGAUACUCAUAGAUGGAAUGAUUUAGGAAACAGAGAAGCUAACUUUGAUCAGCGGCGUGAGAGCAAGUGGAACACACGCUGGGGUCCUAAUGAGAAGGAGCCAGAAGGUCUUCGUGAAAAAUGGAGUGACUCAGGAAAAGACGGUGAUAUACAUCUGGAUAAAGGUUUGUCUCAUGGGAAGGAUGAGAAGGAAGGAGAUCAAGUUCGACCAUGGAGACCUAACUUCGCACAAAGCCGUGGAAGGGUAGAGCCUCCUCAUUCCCAAAGCACACCACCAAACAAACAGGCCUCUAUAUUUUCUUAUGGCCGUGGUCGUGGGGAGAAUACACCCCCGCCAGUCUAUAGUCCUGGACUAGGCCGUGGUGGUAGCUCUUUGAAUAGCACAUAUACUGGAACUGCAUUCGACAAAGUCGAAAGUGAACAUGAAGAACCUUUCAGAUAUAACAGGACAAAAUUGCUUGAUAUAUUCAGAGUGACUAAUAUGGGUAGAAACAGAAAUCUUGUUGAUGAUUUUGUGCAGGUUCCAAGUCUUACACACGAUGAAUCAUUGGAGCCUCUUGCUCUUACGACACCAAAUUCUGAGGAACUGACUGUCUUAAAUGGCAUUGAAAAAGGGGAAAUAGUUAGUAGUAGUGCACCUCAAGUGGCCAAAGAAGGAAGGGGCUCAACAGAUUUUACUCAGACUAGACGAAUGAAGCCUGGAAUCACUCCUCUUCAAGAUAAGAGUGAAGAUGGAGGUUCUUACAAAGUGGCUGAUGAAUUGUCCAGUAAUAGAGAUUCAUCCUUUGAAGGAAAUAGUUCUCCUCAUCCUGGUGCUGCAUGGAGAGCAAUGCCAGCAGGCGAACAUACAAGUGCUCUAUUGCACAAUAGCAGGGAUGCAUCUAGUGAUGCUAGAUUAAGGAAAUCAGAUGUGAGUUCACACCAGCCAAAAGAUCCUCAUAGUUCAUGGGAAAGUAAGUUGGGUUUUGUAUCCGAGUCCAAAGAAGUAGGUAAAUGGCACGCAAGCAGUGAAGAUCCCAUUGUUAAGAGGCAGCUAUCUGGUGUUUUGGAAAGUGAACAUGGAACCAGAAGAGUUCCUCCAACUGCUCCAGAGGAGUUAUCCCUUUUGUAUAAAGAUCCCAAGGGUCUUAUCCAAGGCCCAUUUAAAGGAAUUGACAUUAUUGGAUGGUUUGAGGCUGGAUAUUUUGGUAUUGAUUUGCCUGUUCGUCUGGAAAGUUCAGCUGUUGACUCACCAUGGUUUUCUCUUGGUGAUGUCAUGCCGCAUUUACGAGCUAAAGCCCGACCACCACCAGGAUUUUCUGCACCACAACCAAAUGAACUGGCAGAUAUGACUGGACGUCAAAAUCCUACUACAUUUGGAAAUGCCCUCACUGGUUUGAGUGAGGUUGAGAUGUUGAAAAGUGAUUCUAGGCAUCGACAGGGUUCUGGUACCGGAGUUGAAAGUAGGUAUUUGGAGUCACUCAUGUCUGGUAACAGAAGCGGUCCUACAAUUAACAACCUUGCGUUAUCAGAAGGUUUUAAAGGGUUUGCUGGAAAUAAUUCUGGUAAUCUGGGCCCAACGGGAGUAGAUAAUGGUAACAAUAUUUACUUGCUUGCCAAGAGGAUGGAGCUUGAACGCCAGAUGUCCUUACCGAAUUCAUAUCCAUAUUGGCCGGGGCAGGAUGCAGCAUCCCUUGCUCCAAAAUCAGAUGUCCCAGAGGCGUCGCUGCAUUCAAAGCUCUUGUCUUCAGUGAGUGACAAUUCACGUCAAUCUCAGUCUCAAAAUUCUGAGUUAUUGUCGAUAAUCCAAGGGUUAUCUGACAGAACAUCUGCAAGCAUAAAUAAUGGUGCUGUUGGAUGGCCAAAUAAUCCCAUACAAGGUGGAUUGGAUCUCAUUCAGAAUAAAGUUGACUCAGUUCAUGAUCAGAAUUUCUCUCAAAUGCCAUUUGGAAUUCAGCAGCAAAGGCCGACACUGCAAAAUCAGCUCUCCUUAAGCAAUUUACUGGCUCUAGCUGGGGAUAACCCAGCUAGUUCCUUGACAGCAGAGAAGCUACUUUCUUCUGGUUUAGCUCAAGAUCCACAAAUGAUGAACCUGUUGCAACAGCAAUACUUGUUGCAGUUACAUUCUCAAGCAGCUGCUUCAGCACCGCAGCUGCCCCUGUUAGAUAAAAUCCUUAUGCUAAAGCAGCAGCAGAAGCAGGAGGAGCAACAGCUGUUCUUACGGCAACAACAGCAACAACUGCUUUCCAAAAUGUUGCAGGACCAGCAGUCUAGCCAGCUCUUUGGCAAUUCAUCUUAUGGACAAUUGCAAAGUUCAUUACCAAUGGGAAAUUUGCGUGUUGAUCCUUCUCAACUUCAAACCCCACAAGAUGCUUUUCCCAUGAGCUCUCAGAUACCAAUUCCUAGUGUGCAUAAUGAACUUAGUACUGAUUCUAUGAAUUUGCAUCUUAAAGGGUCUUCUGUGCGUCUGCCUCAUCUGCCUCAUCAGGUAUUUGGGGAUACUAUUCCUCAGAAUAACUGGGCUCCCACUCCCGCCGAACAAAUUAAUGAAAGUCAUAAAAAAGAACCUCCAGCUCCUUAUGUUGAGAGUUCACUUGUGCAUGACCUGAACAGCUCCAAAGAGGAAUCCCACAUUGUGCAGGAUUCUGUUUGUGACUAUACUUCUAAGUCAUUGAAGCAGGUACCGGACAGCGCUUUAAGAUCUGAUGGUGUUGCCAUACCGGCAAUAUCUAUGCCUUCUGUACAUUUACAACAUGAUGCACCUUCUGUUGAUAAAUCUUCAACAGGAUCCAGUGGGAUUGAGUUACCCCCAGCUAGUCUGGCUGAAAUAGACAGCUCCACUGCAGUGCAUGUUGAAACACAUGAACCCAAAAAGGCUACCGAGAAGAAAUCUAAGAAGCAAAAAUCUAACAAACCUCAGUCUUCUGACCAAGCAAAGGGAUUGCUAAAAAACACGACUCUGCAGCCAUCAAAGCAGUCAGAAAUUGAAAUACCACAUUUUAAUGAGUUGGGGGAAACAAACGGUGGAUCACAUGAAACACAUCUGCAAAAAACCAGAAGUAAGGCUAGUCAGAUUGAAGAAAAUGCUGUACUAGAGACAGCUGGUCAGCACGAUGUCAGUGUUACUAGAAGCAUCACUGAAACAAUCUUUUCAGGCGAUUUUGUGGCAGUUGGUUCUGUUUCUACUCACAAUGCCGAAGUUCCUGCUGGACGAGCUUGGAAACCUGCUCCAAGUGUCAAGGCCAAGUCUUUAUUAGAAAUUCAGCUGGAAGAACAGAGAAAGGCACAGACAGAAACACUUGUAACUGAUGUUGCUGCUUCUGUCAAUUCCAUGAGUUUGGCAACGCCCUGGGCUGGGGUUGUAUCAUAUCCAGACUUGGUUAAGGUAUCUAGUGAAAGUCACGAAGGAGACAAUACAGAAUAUCCUGUUAAUUCUCAAACUUCUCAGAAUAUGAAGAGCAAGAAAAGUCAGUUGCAUGAUCUAUUAGCUGAAGAAGUUUUGAAAAAAUCUAAUGAAACAGAUGCGGAGGUUCCAGAUAGCACAUUGUCUUUGAAUGAUAUUGCUGUGCAAUCAGAGUCAAUAAAUGGUAGUAACUUCAUUGAGGCAAAAGAUACUAAAAGAAGCCGCAAGAAGUCAGCAAAAAAGGGUUCGGGAGUUAAAGCCCCAGUUUCUGCUGUGUCUGCUGAAGUACCCAUAUCUUCAAGCCCUAUUGAAAAAGGUAAAAGUUCUCGAUCUGCACAGCAAGAAAAAGAAGCAUUGCCUUCAAUCCCAGCAGGACCCUCUCUGGGAGAUUUUGUUCUUUGGAAAGGAGAGCGAGAUCAACCCAUCCCAUCUCCUUCUCCAGCAUGGUCUUCUGAUUCUGGUAGAGUCCCUAAACCAACUUCUUUAAGGGACAUUCUGAAGGAGCAGGAGAAAAAGGCUUCUUUUGCUGUGCCUGCAAUUCCAGUGCCUACGCCUCAGAAAGCUCAGCCUGCCCAGGCUAAUUGGAAUAGUGCUUCUUCUCGGCCAAUCUCAGCUUCCUCUCCAUCUAAAGCUGGCUCACCACUUCUGAUAAACUCACAUGCUUCCAACCAAUCAAAAUAUAAAGGGGAUGAUGACUUGUUUUGGGGUCCAAUUGAACAAUCUAAGCAAGAAACAAAGCAGACCGAUUUCCCUCAGCUGGCUAGUCAGGGAAGCCGGGGAUCAAAAAAUGUACCAUUGAAAGGUACCUCUCCAGGAUUAUUAACCCGGCAGAAAUCAGCAAGUGGCAAGCCAACUGAGCGACCUCUAUCAUCAUCACCCGCCUCUUCUCAGUCGGUGCUGAAACUGAAAAAAGAUGCUAUGACUAAGCAUUCUGAGGCCAUGGGUUUCAAAGAUUGGUGUGAGAAUGAGUGCGUUAGGCUUAUUGGGACAAAAGAUACAAGUUUCCUUGAAUUUUGCUUGAAGCAAUCCAGAUCAGAAGCUGAGAUGCUUCUAAAAGAAAAUCUUGGAUCGUUUGAUCCUGACCAUCAAUUCAUUGACAAAUUCCUCAAUUACAAGGAGAUGUUACCAUCGGAUGUGUUGGACAUAGCUUUCCAGAGCAAGCACGGUAAGAAAGUUAACGGACUUGGCGCUGCUCCCAUGGCUUCAACUAAUGCAGAUAUACAGGACGUGGACCAAACUGAAGGAUCCUCCAAAGGAGGUGGGAAGAAGAAAGGCAAAAAAGGGAAGAAGGUUAGCCCUUUAGUUUUGGGAUUUAAUGUUGUGAGUAACCGCAUCAUGAUGGGUGAGAUCCAGACUGUAGAAGAUUAA